AUGUCGGAAGCAGGAGACGAAGCGGACGGCGCUCGCGGGUCCGCCUACCAGGAGUUUGUGGUGAUGGAGCUCCUCCUGGAGAAGCUGAAGCUGUUGAACUACGAGGAGGAGGCGUUGGUCCAACACAACCUGAAGCCUCUGAACAGACAUUACUUCGUCUCCAGUCGGUUUCUUCCUUCCAACCCCGGCGAGCAGUUCCACGUGUUCCACGUCCUCGCCGCCUGGCUCAUCAACACGGCAGGGCGGGCCUUCCCGGCGCCUCAGGAACACGACAACCCGACCGCCACGGCGUCCGGCGUCCUGGCCGAGCUCCGGGCCCUCGGGGUCAAAGUGGAUUUCCCAGCGUCCAACCUCCUCCAGGGCUCGGGCGAGUUUGUCUGCUUCGUGCUGUACCAACUGGCCGAGAAGGCCCUGAAGAAGACUGGCUUCUCCUUCAAAAGGCCGACCCACGCCAGAGAGAGCACGGAGGACGAGUUCAUGACGGAGGACAAGGCCGAGCUGACGUUCGACCACCAGGAGGACGAGAUGAGCGACGACGAGAAGGAGAAGGAGAUGGACCAGCGGGCCGUGGAUCCAGCGGAGUGGGCCCUGGAGGUGGAGCGAGUCCUGCCUCAGCUCACGGCUCCGAUGGAGACCGACACCAAGGACUGGAGGAGCCACGUGGAGCAGCUGCACCAGCACCGCGGCCGGAUCGACUCGUCCCUGGAGCAGACCAUGAGCUUCCUCCACAAGCUGCAGGAGGACAUCAGCAGCAGCAUGAAGAAGCUGAGCAGCAGAGAGACGUCCAUCAACUUCCAGCUCAAGCAUCUGAUCCAGGAGUACCGCGACGCUCAGGCCAAGAAGACCGACGCCUCCGAGCAGUACGACACGGCCAGCGGGCGCAUGAUGGACCGGACCCGGGUGGUGGCCGAGGUCAACGACAGCCUGAGGAAGGUGAAGAAGCAGGUGGAGGAGAAGGGGAGGAGCAUGUCCGACGAAGCUCCGGUGGUGAAGAUCAACCAGAGCUUGGUGAAGCUGAACCAGGAGAUCGCUGAGAUGGACGUGACCAUCAGCGUCCUCCAGCACAUGCUGCUGCAGGCCAAACUCCGGGAGAAGCACAACAUGAUGUGCGACAUGUACGCCAGCAACCCCCCCGACCCGGCCGCCGAGCCCUUCAGCGCCGGCUGA